UCUGGAUCUGCCUACACGGAACUCCAGCCAAAAGCCCCAAGCCCAACCAGUUGUUCCACUGAAUACAGCUUCAAUAAACUCACUACUCACAUUCUCAAAUACAUAGAAAGAUACAGUUCGACCACGACGUUUUGACCGGGUUUACAUUUUUAUGUUAAGAUUAUGGGGUGCUGGAGAUUCUCGGCAGUGAAUAUUGUUCUUCUGUCUUUCUGCCUUCCCAUCCUCUCCUUCACACACAUCAAGACCAGCCUGUGUAAGUGGUGUGACUACUCCAGCCCUAUUUGUGAGGACAGUGUGUGUUACACCAACUGUUCCCUCUCCUCCUUCUGUAAUCUGAGUGAAGAGAUCUGCGUUGCUAUAUGGCGGAAGAACAACCAGAGUACGAGUGUGAAGACGUUAUGCCACCAGCCCCAGCAGCCCCUGGAGAACAUCAUGUUGUCCAACUACUCCUCCAACGAGUGUGUGAUGACUCCUCAUCCUUCUGAGGACGGGGUCCUGUUCGUCUGUGGCUGCCUGGGAGAACACGAGUGCAACGAUAAGCUCAUAUUCGACAAGGGCUCCAAUGGUUUUUCCAAGCUCAAGAGUAAAGAUGUGAUCCCAGUGGUAGUGAUCAGCCUGGUCCCUCCCUUCUUAGUGGCUAUCAUUGCUUCCAUGGCUUUCUACCUGUAUCGUACCAAACAGCCCAGCAAGCAGCCCAAAGACUGGGCUCCCAAACGCACACACUACAAGGCCUUAGACAUCCCGGAGGGACUUAGUGGGGACGUCAUCACCAGUGGUGAGGACUGCCAUGGCAAACGGUCAGCCAUCAAUGGCGACACCACCUCUGACAUGUGUCCUGUCCGGGCCUAUAACUUCAACCACAACAUGGAGCAGCUGCCUAUCCAGCUGGAAGCCUUGGUGGGGAAGGGUCGCUUCGCUGAGGUGUGGCGGGCCAAGCUCCACCACCAGGCCGCGGGUUCUCUGUACGAGACAGUGGCAGUGAAGAUCUUCCCGUCUGUGGAGUAUGUGUCCUGGAGUAAGGAGAGGGCCAUCUUCUCUGACGCCAACCUGGAGCACGACAAUGUGGUUAAAUUCCUGACAGCAGAGGAGCGAGGGCCCUCCGGCUCCCCUCAGAGGCAGUACUGGCUGGUCAUGGCCUAUCACAGCCUUGGGAACCUGCAGGACUUCCUGACAGGCCACGUGUUGAGCUGGGCUGAGCUUUGUGCUAUGGCUGGGUCGGUGGCUCAAGGAUUGGCCCACCUUCAUAGUGAUACCACCCUCUGUGGGAUCCCCAAGGUGCCUGUGGCCCACCGCGAUCUGAAGAGCAGCAACAUCGUGGUGAAGAGCAGAAGAGAGUGUGCCCUCUGUGACUUUGGUCUGGCUCUGAGGCUGGACCUCUCACUCACCGUGGAUGACUUUGCCAACAGUGGCCAGGUGGGGACAGCUCGCUACAUGGCCCCUGAGGUGUUGGAGUCUAGGGUGAAUCUGGAGGAUCUGGAGGCCUUUAAACAGAUGGAUGUCUACUCCAUGGCCCUGGUCCUCUGGGAAAUGGUUUCCCGCUGCGAAGUCAUAGGGGAGGUGAAGAGUUAUGAGCCGCCCUUUGGCUCUAAGGUGUGUGACCAGCCGUGUGUGGACAGCAUGAGGGACCUGGUCCUGAGGGACAGGGGCAGACCUGAGAUACCCCCCAGCUGGACAACACAUCAGGGUAUGGAUCUUCUGUGCGCCACCAUCAAUGAGUGUUGGGACCACGACCCAGAGGCCAGGCUCACAGCCCACUGUGUGGUGGAGCGCUUUGGAAGUCUAGAAGAGGAGAUGGAGCAGAAGGGGUUAGACACUAUCAACAGCCAGAACAACCAUCAGGGUCCUCCCUCUGGCAUCUUCCCUGACUGUGACGUGGACCCUUUGACCCCUGAAACAGACACAGAGGGACCCUCAUCCCUGGGCCACUGACCAAGAUAAUAUAAGGAUCACCAGAAAGAGACAUUUCUGUAUGAUAGAUUGAUGGCACUCUACCCUAACAACAAAAGAAAAGGGACACAUUUUUGUAUGAUAUAUUGUUUAAUUUGAAGGAGCUGGUCUCCUGUUUGAUUUGUGUAAUAUAGCCUUUAUGAAGUGUCUUACGAAUGCACUUAUGAACUUGUGACACUGAAGAGUUCUUUCUGCCCCUUGGAAAGUUUUGUGCACAGGAUUCAGGGAAGAGAGCAAACUGGCAUACCACUAAUUAUCAUCCCAAUUUAACGUGUACAUUUGACCAAUAACUAAAAAAGCAGAUCAGUUUCCAAAUCUGAAGUACAAAAAUCCUGUAGUGAAUGUUGACAUGUAUGCGUCACUAAUGGCACCCUGUUCCUUACUACUGUUGACCAGAGCCCUAUUGCUCUGCUAUAUACAGGGACUAAGGUGCUGUUUGGGAGGCAACAAUGGUUGUUAUUUGCUACAGUACAGACAGCACUAUAUUUUGUGACAAUCUCCAUUGGUAUUCCAGCUAUUUAAAUUGGUCCUCUUUCCAAUUGGAGAGAAUUUACCUUUCAAGAAUGAUUCCAUACCACAUUUUGUCUUCUUCUCAAAUGAACUGUUCCAUUGCCUUCUUAGUGUGUAGCCUCAAAAGCCCUAUUUAUACAUGCCGCUUACAUGCGUUCUUCGUCCUGAUCUUCUCCAGUCUUGCCAGUUUACACUUACAAGAUCUGAUCAAAAUCAGUAAACAACGAGUCUUUUAAUAAUCUACACAUGUCUAACAAUGUGGGCACAAUCAAAAUGAGUCAAGAUUAGGACAAAGGGCACAUGUUAAAACCAGGUAUGAAGUGGCUAAAGAGCAGUGUGGUCCUCGUUCUGCCAGUAUGUGUCCCAAAUGCCACUAGGCUCUGGUCAAAAGUAGUGCACUAUAUAGGGAUUAGGGUGCCAUUUGUGAUGCACACGAGAGUUAUCUCAGAGCUGAGGGGUUUGUAUUUUUCUUAACCACAAGCUGCUGCGACUGUGAAUGGUGAAUAUUAAUAGACUAGGGACCACAACACACAAACUAGCAUGGAGAAAUGUCCUUUUUAAGAUGAAAGAAAGCCAAAGAGCAUUUAAUGAUUCCUUUGAACUAAUAGCUGCACACAUACACAUGUUUGGGUCACUUAGAAAUGUCCUUGUUUUUGAAAGAAAAGCUAUUUUUUGUACAUUAAAAUAACAUUAAAUUCAGAAUUAGAAUUACAGUGUAGACGUUGGUAAUGUUGUAAAUGACUAUUGUAGCUGGAAAAGGCAGAUUUUUAAUGGAAUAUCUACAGAGGCCCAUUAUCAGCAAUCAUCACUCCGGUGUUCCAAUGACACGUUGUGUUAGCUAAUACAAGUUUAUCAUUUUAUAAGGCUAAUUGAUCAUUAGAAAACCCUUUUGCAAUCAUGUUAGCACAGCUGAAAACGGUUGUGCUGUUUAAAAAAGCAAUAAAACGGACCUUCUUUAGACUAGUUGAGAAUCUGGAGCAUCAGCAUUUAUGGGUUCGAUUACAGGCUCAAAAUGUCCAGGAACAACGUACUUUAUUCUGAAAUGCAUCAGUCUAUUCUUGUUCUGAGAAAUUAAGGCUAUUCUAUGCGAGAAAUUGCCAAGAAACUGAAGAUCUCGUAUAACGCUGUGUAUUACUCCCUUCACAGAACAGUGCAAACUGUCUCUAGCCAGAAUAGAAAGAGGAGUGGGAGGCCCCAGUGCACAACUGAGCAAGAGAACAAGUACAUUAGAGUGUCUAGUUUGAGAAACAGAUGCCUCACAAGUCCUCAAAUGGUAGCGUCAUUAAAUAGUACCCGCAAAACACCAGUCUCAACGUCAACAGUGAAGAGCCGACUCCGGGAUGCUGGCCUUCUAGGCAGAGUUUCUCUGUCUUAAUCUUUUCUUUUUAUUGGCCAGUCUGAGAUAUGGCUUUUUCUUUGCAUCUCUUCCUAGAAAGCCAGCAUCCCGGAGUCACCUCUUCACUGUUGAUGUUGAGACUGGUGUUUUGCGGGUACUAUUUAAUGAAACUGCCAAUUGAGGACUUGUGAGGUGUCUGUUUCUCAAACUAGACACUCCAACGUACUUGUCCUCUUAAUUGUGCACCGGGGCCUCCCAUUCCUCUUUCUAUUCUAUUUGCACUGUUCUGUGAAGGGAGUAAUACACAGCAUUGUUCGAGAUAUUCAAUUUCUUGGCAAUUUCUCUCAUGGAAUAGCCUUCAUUUCUCAGAACAAGACUGACGAGUUUCAGAAGAAAGUGCUUUGUUUCUGGACAAUUUGAGCCUGUAAUCAAACCCACAAAUGCUGAUGCUCCAGAUACUCAACUAGUCUAAAGAAGGUCAUUUUAAUCUUUAAUCAGAACAACUGUUUUCAGCUGUGCUAACAUGAUUGCAAAAGGGUUUUCUAAUGAUCAAUUAGCCUUAUAAAAUGAUAAACUUGUAUUAGCUAACACAAUGUGUCAUUGGAACACCGGAGUGAUGAUUGCUGAUAAUGGGCCUCUGUACGCCUAUGUAGAUAUUCCAUUAAAAAUCUGCCUUUUCCAGCUACAAUAGUCAUUUACAACAUUAACAAUGUCUGCACUGAAUUUCUGAUCAAUUUGAUGUUAUUUUAAUGGACAAAAGAAAAUAGCUUUUCUUUCAAAAACAAAGACAUUUCUAAGUGACCCCAAACCUUCAACGGUAGUGUAUGUAUGUAUGUAUGUAUGUAUGUAUGUAUGUAUGUAUGUAUAAUUUAAAGCUAUUGCAUACAACUGCAUUGAUUGUCAAGAUGUUUUUUAUGUGAAGUAGUUGCUGCCUUCAUCCAUUUACUAAGAUAAAAUUAUAUUUGUUUCAGUCAAAUCCUAUGUCUGACCAUUAAUAAGGAGGGUAUGACCUAUUUUAAUGUACAACAUUGAACUCACAGUGAGUGGGACUGCUGUCCCAGACAGCCUGGUAUGAGAUUCUCAGAUCUACACCAAUUCAAUGACUCUCUUGCUUCAAAGGUAACAAUAAAGUCGUCCAUCACACUAACCAUGCGGACUCAAUAUACAGGAAUUGGUGUAGAUUCUAUUAAGCCAUUAAGAUCAAAAGACUUUCCUCUGAGAAGCAAAUGUUUGGGAAAGCAGCUCUCUUAUUGUGAGGCAUGACACGGACGUCCUCUUCAAAUCAUGAGCUGGGUCGUGUUCAAUAGGUACAAAAUGGAAGAAAAUGGAUUGAAAUGUGGAAAUACUAUCUUAGACUUGUCCAAUAAGAAGGGCUUGUUUUUGCUUUCCGUUCAAAAACGUUUUGCUACGGUGUGACUUAAUGAACACAACCCAGUUUAACCCUCUUCCCUCGGAAUGGUCAAGUUUGGGGAUGCAGAGAGUAAGAACAAGGCCUUAACUAUAUGGCUGAAUGUGUCUAACAUUAAUGAUCUAUGCAGAAGAUGUUAUUUGACUUCUGAUAAAUGACCACAGAUAAAUACCAAAUGAUUGUGAACUGGUUCCACUAUCUAACAUGUCGCCUAUUUGUCUUAUAAAAUAGUUUGUAUCAAUCUUU